UCCUUAAUAUUGGCUUUUGAAACUGAUUUUAAACCUGAACGGGGUGAAAAUCAUAAGCCCCCUUAGGGAAAAGAGGUUACUUACUGGGGUGUUUUUUUUGUCUGAUGUGUUUGUUCUGAGCCUGCUGACCAGCUGUUUCUGAACUUCAUUUUCUCAGCUUCAACAGUGAUUCUGAGCCUGCCUUAAGCUUCCUUCGCCUUGGCUUUUUCUGUUCUUCGUGAACAGCUGCUUGGCCCAUAGCUUAGAGAGAGCGGUCUUUUUCUCUCCCAAGAGAGACUCCUCCUUGUGUUUAGAGAGAUGGGGAGUGGGGAGCCUAAUCCUGCUGGCAAGAAAAAGAAGUACCUCAAAGCUGCCCUGUACGUGGGUGACUUGGACCCAGACGUCACCGAGGACAUGCUAUAUAAGAAGUUCAGGCCUGCUGGUCCUCUGCGCUUCACACGAAUCUGUCGUGACCCAGUGACCCGCAGUCCCCUGGGCUAUGGCUAUGUUAACUUUCGUUUUCCUGCGGAUGCUGAGUGGGCACUCAACACCAUGAAUUUUGAUUUAAUUAAUGGCAAACCAUUUCGCCUCAUGUGGUCUCAGCCAGAUGACCGCUUAAGAAAGUCUGGAGUUGGAAACAUCUUCAUCAAAAACCUGGACAAAUCCAUAGACAAUAGGGCCCUUUUUUACUUAUUUUCUGCUUUUGGGAACAUUCUCUCCUGCAAAGUAGUCUGCGAUGACAACGGCUCUAAAGGCUAUGCCUACGUACACUUCGACAGCCUGGCCGCUGCCAACAGGGCGAUCUGGCACAUGAAUGGAGUGCGGCUCAACAACCGCCAGGUGUAUGUUGGCCGGUUCAAAUUCCCGGAAGAGCGGGCCGCUGAAGUCAGAACCCGGGAUAGAGCAACUUUCACCAAUGUGUUCGUUAAAAAUUUUGGGGACGACAUGGAUGACGAAAAACUGAAGGGACUUUUCAGUGAAUAUGGGCCAACUGAGAGUGUUAAAGUGAUAAGAGAUGUCAGUGGGAAAUCCAAAGGCUUUGGAUUUGUGAGAUAUGAGACACACGAGGCUGCCCAAAAAGCUGUGCUAGACCUUCAUGGAAAGUCAAUUGAUGGGAAAGCGCUGUAUGUAGGACGAGCACAGAAGAAAAUUGAACGCCUGGCUGAGUUAAGGCGGAGAUUUGAACGGCUGAGAUUAAAGGAAAAAAGUCGGCCUCCAGGGGUGCCUAUCUAUAUUAAGAACCUAGAUGAGACCAUUGAUGAUGAAAAACUGAAGGAAGAGUUUUCUUCCUUUGGAUCAGUUAGCCGGGCCAAGGUGAUGAUGGAAGUGGGGCAAGGCAAAGGGUUUGGUGUUGUAUGCUUCUCCUCUUUUGAAGAGGCUACCAAAGCAGUGGAUGAGAUGAAUGGUCGCGUAGUGGGCUCCAAGCCCCUGCAUGUCACCUUGGGCCAGGCCAGACGCAGGUGGUGAGGAUGACAAUGCUCAAUUUUUUCAGCCUUAAGCUGGUGCCCACUUAGUUUGGGCUACUUUGUGAUAUGAGGUUAUUUUAUGGCAAUUCACAGGUUUUUAAGUGAAUACUUUCUUUUGAAAAAAAAUGAAACUUAGCAAACCUUGUUCAUUCUAGUGAAGUUUCUAAUUGUAAAAUUGUCAUUUUGUACUACUUUUUGAUAUAAUAUCUUUAGGAAUAUGUAGAAUAAAGUUUAUUCCUCAACAUUUUUUUUUUCUUGAAUCAGCCAAGGUGAGGUGAUUGAUUGGGUAUAUAUGUUUCCUUUAUUAUUUCAGUAAUACUACUAAAUUUAAUUUCUUCCAUGAAAAUAUUCUCAAAAUGGCCCUUCUGAAUCUAUCAAAGUAAAAACUUCUAACUUGCUUUUUGAGAAAUGAGUAAGAGUACAGGAAAAUGUAUGUGAUCCAGUUAACUUUUGUGCAUACUUACAUGUUAGGUUACGUGAAAUGGAUAUUCUUUUAAAAAGAUGCGUAGUUUUUUUUUUUGUUGUUGUUAGUUUAUUUACAUUUUUGUUUCCUUUUUUAAUAUAUUAUGACCUUAGCACAGACCCGAUAGUGGCUUGGACUAAAGUGUUAGGAGUUUUCUUUAUUACCUUCAUGCCCAGAGAAGUGAGUAUAUUGGUGUUUUUCAGUCAAUACCUUAGAAAAUAAACACUUUAGACUUUGGUAUUUAAAUUAUGCUUUGAUUCUUAAAAAUCUUUACUGAGAGAUUUGGUAUUUGAUGAUGGUCUAAGGAGAACUCUUACCACUCAUCCUGUUAAAUUAAUAAGAAAGAUAACUACACUGAAUUAGCUUAACAUACAGAUACCUUAAUAUUUUGCCUUCAGCCUUUAUCAAGUGUCAAUAUAAAGGGCAAAAAAAUCAAUGGAAUGAUGUUGAAAACCUACUUUUAUAAAAAUUUCUUCUACUGAACUCAUCGUUAUCUCUUAUCAAUGUAAUAAUAUUUCAAAGUUAAAGAAGUUGUCUCUUUUAAGUCCCAUGUCUCCAUUUAUUAUAUAAGAGUUAUUAAUCCAGUAUGGUUCCCUUUACAUCUUGGAUAGUUGGAAGCUUCAAAGAUAUGCAUUGUUCUGUAUUGCAGAUAUGUUAUUUAAUGUGUGAUUUCUGGCAUAAUUAUCUAGUUUUUCACCUGAAGUUUCCUAGUCUUCCCACUCUUCUCCCUUUCAUCCAUAUUACACUUUUUUUUGUAUGGCCUGUUUUUUUUUUUUUAAUAUAUGCCAGUUCAAAUCUGUUUUGGAAGUAGGGAAAU